AUGGCGCCGCCUCCCAAGAACAUGCGAAAGCAUGCAAGGCGGCACACGCAGCGAGAGUUUGAUGAGCCAAGAAGAUAUGGGGCACCGCCUGGUUGGGUAACACCAGAAAUAGCACCUGGAUACUUCAACAAUACAGGCAGAUUUCAAGCAACACCAGAAUCAUCAGAAGCACGACAGCCACCUAACAUUGAAGCUUACGUUCUGCCAAGGCUAGAGAUGCGCUCUUUCCAAGAAGCAAAGAACUUCUACAACGUCUAUGCAAAGCACGCGGGUUUUGCUGUCAGGGAAGGCCCCAAGUUUAAGACCAGAGCCUACCUUUAUUGCACGUGCUAUGGAGUCUAUGAAUCGAAGGUGUCAGGAGCAAAUAGACAGCGGAACAAGACGACAGCCAGGACUAACUACGGGGCUAAAAUGAGGCUGAAGAGGGAAAAGGAUGGAACAUUUGUCGUAAAAGAGAUAGUCUGGGAACACAACCACAGGCUACAGCUCACUCCGCAAAUGCUUGUCUUCUUGCACUCCCACAAAAACUUUGACAAAAAAAUCUUGGAGUACGUCAAGUACCUGCAGUUCAAAGGCAUCGAACACGCGCAAAUCAUGAGCAUACUGGGCGGUGAUGACCCCGGUAGCUACUUCCUCGAAAUGAAUGCCAAAGACCUGAUUAACCUCAAAGCAAAGAAUUCAAGGAUUGAUGAUGUGGACGAUGUCCUAAAUACUAUCAACUUCUUUAGGGAGAUGAAAGCUAUAAACAGGGAAUUCUUCUGUGACAUGCAACUGGAUGAGUCCGACAGAGUUAAGAACAUAUUCUGGGCGAACACAAGCUGUCGAGGGGCCUAUCAGGACUUUGGUGACUGCAUAACAUUUGACACCACAUAUAAGACCAACAAAUUCAUUCAGAUGGCUGUUCAAGACAUUUUUAAGGUGCAUGAGAGGAAGGCUCCUACAUGCAUCCUCACAGACCAGUGCCUGGCAAUGGCUUUGGUGAUCCCAGAUGCUUUUGGGAACACGGUACACAAGCUGUGCCGCUGGCACAUUAUGAAGAAGUACAGGGAACACCUCGCAUACCUGUACUACCUCCACGAAGACUUUAAGGAUGAAUUCACAUCAAUCCUCAACUGGCCCCUCAUGCCAACUGAGUUUGAGGCUGCCUGGAAAAGACUCAUGGAUAAGUACAACCUCCAUGAUGAUGCCACGAUGGUGGCCAUGUGGAAGGAGCGUGAGAGAUGGAUAUCAGCCUACUUCAAAGAAAUUUUCUGCGCCAAAAUGACAUCCACACAACGAAGUGAGAGCAAUGAACUAUGUGCUCAAGAAGAACUUCGUAAGUAA